AUGGGUGAUGGUGUAGCAGAUGAAGAUAUCCAAAAGGCGAUCGUCCAACUUAAAAACAAAACAGCUGCAUCUAACCAGCAAAAACACCUUAUAAACGCACAGAUCGAUGCACUCUCCAAGCAGAUACGGCGGUCGGAAUUAGUGACUGAGGAAAUAACAUCCUUGCCCGAUAGUGUGAAUACGUACAGCUCAAUCGGUCGGAUGUUUAUUCAAAAGAGCGUUCCUGAUUUAGUAAAGGAUCUCUCGGCACAGCGUGAGGAAUACAACCGGACUAUUGAAUCAUUGAAAAAGAAGCUGGAAUAUGUAAAUAAAAGUCUCGCAGACGCCCAACAAGGCUUGAGAGAUCUGAUCAGCGCUAAACAACAAAAAAUGUAA